AUGCCGAGCCGAGUACCAUCCCGGUCGACGCGGACAUCCACCGCCGUCUCGCACAAAGCAUCAUCAUCAACCCUCAACCCCAGAGCUUCGACCACAUCGCGCGCUUCUUCGUUGCCCGUGGACGUGCCUGCCGAGAAUCCAGACAGCCCGCUGCGCUCGCAAAUCUGCACCGUGUUCCGUGACGCCCAACGAAACACUGCGUCCCAUCGAAAGCUCGUCGUCAACCUACGUAAGAUCCAAGAAGCAUGCUGCUACGAGCCCACGAACCCGAAGAAGACCGAUAUGAACGAUUUCGACGAAGGAGCUUUCAACCAUGAAUUUGUCAGAUGCGUAUUGAGGGUCAUGCCGGUCAAGAAGAGCGAGAGCGUCGGCGAAAAGGUCAUUCGCUUCGUCGGCGUCUUUUUGCGACACGCCAACGAAAAGGACAAUGAAUUCCUGGGAGAAGCUGAUGAGGACGCCAGCGUCAUGCCGGAAACACCGAGUACGCGACUCACGAGUCUUCUCAUGGAGACGGUGCUGCCCCUUUCGAUGGCCAAGGACAAAUACGUUCGGUAUAGAUCGACGCAGCUCAUCUCACACAUAAUCAACUCGCUUGACGCCAUUGACGACGAGCUGUUCCAGAAAUUACGACACGGGCUACUCAAGAGAAUCCGCGACAAGGAGGCCAUGGUACGCUCACAAGCAGUCCUUGGCCUCGGCCGGCUUGCUGGCAAUCAGGCCGAAGCGGGCGGCAACUCGGACGAUAGCGACGGAGAUGAUACAGGCCUGCUUGAGAAGCUGCUCGAAGUCCUUCAGAAUGAUCCGUCGGCAGAUGUGAGACGGUCUCUUCUUGUGAACCUGCCGAUUUUGCCCAACACUCUGCCCCAUCUCCUGGAGCGGGCGCGCGACCAAGACGCUGCUACCAGGAGGGCUGUGUACUCCAGGCUGCUGCCCGCCCUGGGCGACUUCCGCCACCUAUCGCUGUCGAUGCGUGAGAAACUUCUACGCUGGGGUCUGCGUGAUCGAGACGAAAACGUGCGCAAGUCUGCUGGCCGCCUCUUCCGCGAGCGCUGGAUUGAGGAUUGCGCCGGAAUCGAGCCCACUGAAGAGGGCCAGCAAGCUGAGCCAGCUCCUCCCAACUUUGAUGGCCUUCAGGAACUCCUGGAACGUAUCGAUGUCGUCAACUCGGGCGCAGAGAACGGCGUCGCGCUAGAGGCUAUGACGGGCUUCUGGGAGGGCAGGCCAGACUACCGCGAAGCCGUUGUCUUUGACGACCAGUUCUGGCAAACUCUAUCCGGAGAGUCCGUCUUCAUGGCCCGCAGUUUCAAUGACUUCUGCCGUAGCGAAGACAACAAGAAAUACGAGUCGCUGCUGGAGGAGAAGUUGCCCGAGGUCACCAAAGUGGCCUUCUACCUCGAGCGUUACAUUGGUGUCCUCGUAGAUGCUAUCAAGAGGACGCAGCAGGCCGCCGCGGAUGAAGACGAGGAAGAAGACACAGUUGAACAGGAGUUCAUCGUCGAGCAGAUGCUUCAUAUUGCCAUCACUCUAGACUACUCUGAUGAGGUGGGCCGGAGGAAAAUGUUCGCCCUCCUUCGGCAGUCUCUUUCGAUCCCAGAGCUGCCUGACGACGUCACGAAGCUCACAGUCAAUGUCCUCCGAGACAUCUGCGCCCCUGAUGCAGCCGGCGAGAAGGAAUUUUGCAGCAUCGUUCUGGAGGCUGUCGCUGACGUUCAUGACACCAUCGUGGAUGACGUGGCACCCGACGCCGAUACCACAGAGGACAGCUUCCACUCGGCAAGGUCUGAAGUGGCUGGCGACACCACGCCCAAGAGGCGGGGGCAGGGUUCGGAAGAAGACGAAGAGGAGUCUCAAGCGAAAGCUAUCAAGGAGAUCAUGGUCAACAUGAAGUGCCUGCACAUUGUUCAGUGCAUGCUCUCCAACGUGGCCGGGGAUCUCCAACAAAACGACCAUUUGGUUGCGAUGCUCAACAACCUUGUUGUGCCCGCCGUACGAAGCCACGAGGCUCCAGUUCGAGAGAGGGGCCUGGUUUGCUUGGGCCUGUGCUCUCUGCUCGACAGAUCCCUGGCGGAGGAGAACCUGACGCUCUUUAUGCAUUUCUUCACCAAGGGUCAUACUGCUCUUCAGAUCACCGCGUUGCAAAUUCUUACAGACAUUCUCAACGUCCAUGGAUCUCAGCUUCUCGCAACAACUCCAGCCCUGUUGAAGGUCUAUAUCAAGGCGCUCAGGUCUGGGUCCAAGGCUCCCGAGGUCCAAGCGGCCGCUACCUUGGCGGCAUCGAAGCUUCUGCUCGGCCGCGUCGUUACUGACCAUGAUUCCUCAUCCGAGCUCUUGAAGACGCUCAUCAUCGCCUACUUUGACCCUUCGAGCGCGCACAACCAGAGCGUGCGACAGGCGCUCAACUACUUCCUGCCAGUCUUCUGCUUCUCUCGCGCCGAGAACCAGGAACUCAUGCAGUCUGUCGCAUUGGACGCACUGCAUUCGCUCUACAAUAUCAGGGAGAGCCUGGAGGACGACGAUGCCGACGUUAAUGAGGACAUGCAGAGCCUCGCGACCAUCGGCGCUUGUCUCGUUGAUUGGACUGACCCAAGGAAGUGCUACACGCCAGGUCUGGGUCUGGACACGGAAAAGAAGGCAGCCAAUGGCGACAUUCACCUCAACUUUGCCGUCGAUAUCCUCGAACGUCUGAGCGGUAACAUGACAAAGGAAGAAAAGAAGGUUGUGGCGCCCUUGCUCGGCAAACUCUACAUUUCACCAACGAGCUCAGAGGAGAAGAUCCGCGAGACCUUUGACGAGGUGUCCAUCGCCGUGAAUGACAAGAUUGUGUCCGACACGACCGGCAGGAAUGCGCUGAACAAGAUCCACAUCAGCUUGGGAAAGAUUGUCGCCAACCUAGGCGAGGCGGGAGCCGACGAUCGCCGUGUCAGCAGGAGCGUGUCAGUUGUGGGCGAUGACAGGACAGAGACGGAGGGACGAACGGUCGUCACGGAACCUCGCAUCAAGGAAGAGGAUGAGGAGAGCCAGGCAACGAAUGCCAGUCGUAUGGACGAAGACAGUGACGAAGGGACGGUCAUUCAGGGCAAGGAGAGGGAUACGCUCGUGGACGAUCUCCUGAGCGAGGAGGAGCUCUGA